AUGGAAGCAGGCUGGCACCCAGAAGCCCUGCAGAAGCUACGGGAGCGCCUAUGCAGGGAGACUGACCCACACAAGCUCUACAAAAGCCUGAAGAAGCUCUCUUAUCUGCCCCUCCUGUCCGACAUCCUGGCAGAGAUUGGCUUCAGGCAGACCAUCAAGGGCUUGAGGAAACGGCAGCUCCUGGUGCCCUUUGCCAAGGACCUGGUGGCCAGGUGGUCAGAGAUGUCCCUGCUGGGGCCCCAGCUUGAGGUAGACCCGGACCCGGACCAGGACCCACAGGACUCGACCUUGGUGAGGAACCUGAAUUCAGAGAGUCUGAGAAACUCUCCAGAAGAAAAGGCGCCUGCUCCUGCGUCGGGGAAACCCCAAGAUAAUGAGAGAGAGGUCUUAGAGGUCAGCAGUGGCAGCCCAGGCCCCAGCAGGAAGAAAAGUGCACCCACAAGCACAGAGGGGACUACAACUGGCAGUGGAAGCCUGGAGCCGGGAGGAAAGAAGAUCCGAAGGUGCAGAAAGAUCCCACUCUGCUGGUCUAAGGGGGAUGCCCCCAGUGGGUCUUUUGAGGAAUGCUUUAGCUUUGAGAGGUCUCCUUCACCUACAGUGCUGCCCCUGCCCUCCCUGAAGCCCCUGCCACUUCUGCCACCCUGCAAGAGGAAGAGGAAGAGCUCCUGGAAAGCUGAAGCCCGGAGCCCUGGAGUCAAGGUGCUUCGAGGCCAGUCUUCAAGCUGCAAUGCUUUGAGUCCAAGUGCUCUGAGUCGUACUCCAGAGUCCCACCGCAGUCGCCAAGCCUGCAUCCCCUGGCAUGGACUGGAGCCCUCUUCCUGGAGCACCAACCAAGAGGCCAAACUGUGGGCUAACAGGAUGAAUUUCCAAAAGCCAGUCUACUCGGGUCCCAGGCCUGCUGGUGGACUCCUGCCGAAUUCCUGCCAAGGGCUCCUCCUUGUUGAGGAUCCUGCUGGUACCUUGGGUGCUCACCAUCAAGCCGUCCGAGCUAAGGCCCUGGAAGGUGAAUCUGAGCAGUCACAGGAGGAGUCCCCGUCCCAAGAGACCCAGCCGUGCAAGCAAACCCACAGACAGACUGAGACCCAGACACACCUUCAGCUCAAGGUGUCCCAAAAGCUAAGGCUGCAAGCCCUGAGAGCCCGCAUCCAAAGCAGACAAGCCGAGGCAAGGCAAGGAAGCCUACAAACUAAGAUGGCUGCCUUCCACACCCAGGUCAAAAGCCCAGACCAGCAGGAAGAGUCAGGACCCCAGGCGGAGGCGCCCUUCUCUGAAAACCACCUCCUCCACAAGGCCUCUACCCACAGCCUCACGCAGGAGGCUCCCUGCCUUCCAUCUGGGGUGGGCGGCAGCAACAAGAGAGAGGCUAAGAAGAGACCUCCACCUCUCAUGGCCAAGGCCCUCCGAGAUUAUCAGAAGAGCUUCCUCGGCAGGUAA